AUGUCUCCUGGUCGCAGGCGGUGGCCGCUCUGCUUGCUCAUGAUCACCUGGGUGAUGGCCGGACCUUCCCUGAGUGCAGAGUGCUCCGCCGAGAAAAUGGAAAAUAGCAUCAUCGAUAUCAACUUAUCUCUGCCCAGAGGCGUCAGGGGCGCAGAGCCACUGCACGCCCCAAGCCCAGCGGCUUGCGUUCAUGCCUGCUGCUCGGGGGAAAAGCUCUCAGGAGACAAGAAGUGUAAUCUGUUGAUUUUUGAUGCUCGAAGGACAAGCACGCAGCCAAACUGCUACCUCUUUUACUGCCCGAGUGCAGAGGCUUGUCCAAUGAAACCAGCAACAGGACUCGUCAGCUACAAGAUAACGAGAGACACCCCUGUCCCAGAGGAUCCAUCUUUCAAAAGUGAGUAUCUUUCUUCAGAUGGGCAUUCUUUGUCUUUGGAUGCUGGAGCCUUUAUUCCUCACAGCCAGCCUGGCCAUCAGAAUCCUGCUGCUGCUGUCUUUCCUUACGAAUCAGAACUCCAGAAGCAUGUGAGCAAGCAGUUAGACCACAGUGAAUUUCAUACAGUUCUUCCUGAGUCUCAAAGUGCAAAGCAUCCUGAGAACUUAGACCCUGUUCCAAGGCAGAACUUGCCACCAAAUAUGUCUUCUGCUGUUCGAAUUGGAACCCCAUCUGCUUUGUUCCCCACCACUCAGUCUAGAGCUCCUGAACCCAGCAGUACUGCUCCUACUCCUCUGCCCACAAGUACCACACAGCUGCAAUCUCACACAACAUCUCUGCCUACUGGUGAUACUAAACCUACUGCUCUCCCCACCUCCACCACCAGAGCUACCUUUCUGCCUACUGGGACCACUGGAGCUAAGUCUGGUCUCCCAGCCACCAGCAUCACUGUUACUCAUGUUCCUCUUUCCAGACACAUACCAACUUCUUCUACAACCAAGCAGGUGACCACAAAUUCCAGAUCUGCUACUGCCCUGUCAGGGCAAAGAACUUCAGCCUUUCCUCCCGAGCCAACAGGUGUCUCUUCCAACCAUACCAGUCAUGCCUCUCUCCUCUCUGCUUCAGAUUUCUGUCUGUCUACCAAGGAUUCCCUCACAUCUUCCCAAAACAACCCUGGGGGUUAUGACCCAUCUGACUCGGAAAGCAACCUGCUAGAGAGUGUUCUGAGAGGGAAAGGUGUCAUUGAGCUGGGUGAAGAAAUCAGCCUUAUAGCAGCUUUGCUUUUUGGGGUGAUAUUCUUAUUGCUAGUUAUUGCACUGACAGGGAAGAAAAUGUAUGAAUCCCUUCAGAAGAGGCAUUAUACCAGGUUGGAUUACUUGAUCAAUGGAAUGUAUGCUGAUGUGUGA